UGUAGCUUUCUCAGAUGAGCAGACUCAUCAGCUUGGGACACCUGGAGCAUAAUUGUUACCGAAGUGCAUCUGCUAAGCUUGCUCGACUUCUUCUCUUUAGAGAAACACCCGCACUGUGGAAUCGAGAAGAGAGGUGGUUAGGACAAUUCGCCUUAGGCGCUGAGGGUUUGUAUGUUUCUUCGCUAACAAAUUAUGCUCUUGACAAAAGAGAGUUUGCAACCUGGCACCUCCAGGUGUUGGAUGUGGGACCCUACGCAGCUUGCAAGGGGUGUGUUGUUGUUGUUUGCCUAAGCCAGUACCACGCCAGGCCAGACCGGAUCCAGCCCUCUGUUUGAGCGCAUGGGCCUGGUGAAGAACCAUGAAUCGAUCAAGGCACAUGGGCAAGAUCCGGAGGCGGCUGGAGGACGUCAAAAACUGGUCCUUCCGGCUGGCGAAACUGGAUUUCAGUCACAACGAAAGUGUCCGGCUUGCCACGGACGCCCUCUUAGAUGGGGGGCUCCAGUCUUAUCUCAAGGCCUUGGACGAAGAAGGAGAAGUGGACUUCUUGUCCACAGUGGAAGCUCAGUACAUCAAGAGGAAUGCGAGGGAGCCUUACUACGCCAGCGACACGCACCCCGAUGGCGAAGCCGGGCCGAGGCAGAAUAAUGACACCAGGUCCCUCCAGUCAGGGACGUACUUCCCUCUCGUCUCAGAGAGCAGCGAACCAGCUCUUCUCCACACAUGGAGUGCGUCUGAGAAGCCCUACCUGAAGGAGAAGUCCAGCGCCACAGUGUAUUUCCAGACAGAUAAGAACAGCAAUAUCCGGGACCUCAUACGCCGCUGUAUCAACAAGACCAGUCAGGUCCUGGCUAUCCUGAUGGAUGUGUUCACUGACACUGAGAUAUUCUGCGAUGUCUUGGAAGCUGCAAACAAGCGGAGGGUGUUUGUCUACCUGCUGCUCGACCACAGCAACCUAAAGCUCUUCACCGAAAUGUGCGACAAGCUCCAUGUGGCCGAGGGUCACUUCAAGAAUAUUUCCGUGCGGAGCGUCACAGGGGAGGUUUACUGCGCCAAAUCGGGACGAAAAUUCUCCGGGCAAAUCCAAGAAAAAUUCAUCAUCUCUGACUGGAGAUACGUUCUGUCUGGAUCAUACAGCUUCACGUGGUUGUGUGGCCAAGUCCACCGCAACUUCCUCUCCAAGUUCACGGGCCAAGUGGUGGAGCUGUUCGACGAGGAGUUCCGGCACCUCUACGCCUUAUCCAAGCCUGUGGCUGGGUUGAGACCUCCAUCGCACACGUCCCUCUUCCUGCUCAACAAGAGCACGGCGGCCACCCAAGGCAGCCUCACCAACAGCAGCAACCAGGGCAGCCUCCGCACCCCAUCAGACCCCUUCAGCUGCCCGUCGAACCACAGCGGCUCGCGAAGCAGGCAACCUCCCAAGGCUCCUGUCCGCAGCAGCCACCCAGCGUCACCAUCGCCUCUCAGCAGGGUCCAUUCUUUCCACGGUUACACCACCUACAUGAACCCGCAGCCAAACGGCAUCCAGGUCAACUACUACCACCGGCAAUACAUCAGCGACUCGCCGGCGGUCCUUUACAACAAAGUCAACAUCUACAGGCCUAUGAGGAUGAGGCAAGAGGAUGUCAAAAGGGCACAGAUGAACCCAGUCUGGAGGUGCCUUCACAAUGCCAAGCUGAUUGGAUGACUUGACUGGGGCCAGGGGUUUGCCGUCUUUGUGGGAAUGUUUAGGGAUGCGGGGGAGGAUAUAUUGUCUAAGGUAUCCUAUCCCAACUUGUCUUUACAAGUUCAACAAAAUCAGCAGAGUUAACAUUCCCCCCUUUUUUUUAAACACACGCACAGCAGAUAGCUUGCUCAGACUCGUUAGAGUCUCUGUAAAUAUUUCCUGGUAUCUUCCCCGUUUAAUCCCUCCUAAAAUAAGACGCUACACAGACUUCGGUAAAGUAUAAAACGUUUACUCAAAAGUAAUCAUCUGUUCACACAAAGGUUCCCAGAAGGCAGACUUAAAAGGUUAGAACAUAGUUUAAAUGUGGUGACUAUCUCCUUAUGGGAGAAACCUCCCCUUUUCUUCUCUUGGACUGGAGCUAAGGGUGCAUCUUAGUAGUGCUGUUGUUAAGAUGGCAUCGAUAGAGACAAGAUGGCGCCAGCCUGUGGUUCUGGUUCUUUCUACUUCUUGAGAGGCCACACCCAUCUCAAGUUACACAUAGGAAGUUUCCUCUCAGUCCUGGAAAGCAGGACGUUCCAGCUGGAGGACUGAGACAGCCUUCAUGUCUACUCUAGCAGUGUUGUGUUUGACUGCACCUGAUUUUUACAUCCCACAGUCUUUUCAUCGCGAUGAGCGUGAAUGGUUUGAAUACGGCGGAACAGUAGCCCGAAAGUGUGACUCGGUUGCUCUUUCCACAGGUUGAGAAUCUCUGUUGUCUUUUUUUCCUUUAAGGUGAAAAGUGACAAUCUCCUGGGUGGCUAAGCAACAUGAGAAAUACAUCACAGAAUUGCAUUAGAUGCCUUAGAAAUGGAAAUCUAGGGUGUGGGGGGUUGUGGAUAAAAAUAAUCCUAAAACUAUACAGUGGUACCUCGGUUCUCAAACGUCUCCGUUGACAAAUGUUUCGGAACCCGAAUGCUGAAAACCCGGAAGUAAAUGCUUCUGUUUUUGAACGCGCCUCAGAAGUCGAACGGCUUCCGUUGUGUGUUUUUCAGUUUUCUCAAUUGAAUUUGUAGACAGUCCUUUGCGCCUCAAUUUCCGAACUCGAAUGGUCUUCCAGAAUGGAUUACGUUUGAGAACCGAGGUACCACUGUAGUAGAAAGCUGAUCAGGAAGAGUAUGCAGUUCAUGAUUUUGAGGAGUCUGUGAAACCAAACGCUGAGUUCAGUUAGAUGUAAACAGACUCCAUAUUCAUCAGUGGAGAAUGAAAUGCACCCUAAGAAAAAACCCCAGAGUAGACCUUAUUCUUGCCAAACCCUGAAGAUCAGUGUACAGGUCUAAUUCGUGCACACACAAACAACUCCGUGCAUGUGUGUGUGAGAAAGAAUACAAGACCUUAAGAUUGCAUUUGAAAAUAAUCUUGAAGUCUAAAGUUUGUAUUCAACUAAGUUAUACUCAGAGCGGAGCUAUUUAAAAUUAACGGAUCCAAGUUUGUUGUGCCCACCACUUUCAAUGGGUCUACUCUGAGUAGGACUAACACUGGAUGCAAAUCACUGAGAACACAUGAAAUCUUAGAACUGCUCAUGGACUGCACCACUUCAGAUCAAUGAUGAGAGAAUCAAAUGAACG